AUGCCCAUCUUCCAGGACGAUCUCGAACACCACCAUCAUCACCACCACCACCACCCGCCCGUAGCCGAGCAGAUCACGGGUGCGGCUCCAGAAACACCACAAUCAGUCCCACCCGUGGCAGACCAGCGACCGUCGCCGAUGAGGAGGCUCUCAGAGGAGAGCAUACGAACCGAACUAUGCGAAGGUCCCGUCGUCGAUAGCCCGACGAGGCCGUCGACUCCCGAGAGCGACACCGCCGCCGCCGUCACGUCGGAUAGGGCUGAGCUGAUUGAGCGGUUGAAGAGGGGGGAGAGCCCGACGUGGAUUCCGAGCCGCCGUGUAGGAUCUCCGACAGACGCCAGGCACAAUCUAGUUGCUCACAACAUCACACGGCUCGAGUCGCUCUUCAACAACCUGCCCCGUCCGAGCACGCCGCAGAGCUCCCGGCCGCCUUCGAGCUCGUCUAACAACCUCUUGCCGCCGGCGAGCAUCACCCCGGACAGGGCCGAGGGCACGCGAGAGGAGGAUGAGCGGUUGCGUGAGGGGCUGAGCAUACAGAGGCCGCGGUCUGCUCUGCAUAGCGGCGACUUUACAGAAGACCAUCAGCCACGGCCGCGGUCGCAACAGCAGCAGCAGCAGCAGCAGCAGCAGACGGCGCAAGAGGAGGAGACUCAUGGCACAGCGGACAAAUCCUUGGCAUCGCGCAAUUCUUGGAUCGCAACGUCACCACCACGCGAAUUUUCCCCGUUUCAUUUCGAGACGAGGUUGCCGUUUCCGGCAACGAAUGACGACUACCGAUCCGUCCCGUCCUCCUUGUCCUCCUCUUUUUCGUCAAGCUUCGUAUACAAGCCGCCGACGAGCCCGCUGGUGCAGUCCGAGAGCAAUGACCAAGUCGACCUGUCGGUACCGUUACACAGCAUCACCAUUGGCGCAGGCUCCCCGAGUUUCGCGAAUUCCUCGCGCAGACACACCCUAAACUCGGUCACAUCGUCCCCCUUUGCUUUCCCCUCGCCGAGCCACGCCGCGCUCCACAGGCAGUCCUCGUACCGGGGACCAGCGGCCGUGCCGUACCAGGCACACCAGCCGCGGCGCUCCCUCACGUCGAUCCCACAGGUGCCGCCAGGGAGCGGCACCUCGCCGCAGACGCCCGCGUUUCUGAGACCUAGGCGGCCCUCGUUCAACUCGGACACCUCCCCCUUGCAGCACGCGUCCAUGGUCGGGUCGUACGAGGAGAGCAUCCUUCGCGGCCGAAUGUCCACGACGCCGUCCAAGCCGCUCGACUUUCUCGCGCAGAUUGGUGUGCUGGGUCUGGGGAAAUGCAAAUCCAGCCUGAGGUGUCCGGCUCAUGUGACGUUACCGUUUCCUGCGGUGUUUUACAGCUACGGGGGAGGAGGAGCUUCGCAAGGUCGUGUGCGGUCAGAAGAUGGCCCGAGUCCCUACGUCGGCCAGAUCGACCUGGAAAAUGGUCUACCCAAUCCGGAGGAAGGGCAACGGUCCAAGAGGAAGAUGCAGAGUAGGUACGUCGAGCGAAGGAUCGUCGAGGACGACGUCCUCAUGGCGGAAGGACCCGCGCUGGCGGACGGCUCCUCGGACCGUGAGGCGUGCCGUGCCGCUCAACGGGCCAGCCGGAGGCCGGCGUCACCGAGAGCGCCGCCGGGCGGGAGUUAUCGGAUACCCGAAAAGGGCCAGAUCCAGAUCGUGAUCAAAAACCCCAACAAAACAGCGGUGAAGCUGUUCCUGGUCCCAUACGACCUGGCUGGCAUGGAGGCGGGGACCAAGACGUUUAUCCGGCAGCGAAGCUACUCGGCGGGGCCCAUCAUGGAGAACACACCCGGGCUCGAGGAGGCGACCGUCACGGGCUCCGACCGCCCGAUCCUGCGGUACCUCGUGCACCUCCACAUCUGCUGCCCUUCCAGGGGGCGGUUCUACCUCUACAAGAAUGUCCGGAUCGUGUUUGCCAACCGCGUCCCCGACGGCAAGGAGAAGCUCCGAAACGAGACGACGAACCCUGAGCCGCGGUACACGCCGUACAAGCCCAUCCGCGUGAUGCACCCGCCAAUGUCAACUAGUGGUAGUCAUGGUCCGGCGGCGACGCUCGCAGCAGAGAAGGCGUUUAGGAGGCGGAGUGCCGGGUUUCCGUUCGGCCCGUCCAUGUAUGCGAUUGACGGCACAUUGGACGGAUUCUCGCAGUCGCCGCAGGCCGCGGGGCCAGGCCAGCAGCAGCAGCAGCAGCAGCAGCAGCAGCAAAUACUGGUGUCGUCAUCCCCUUUCAGCUUUGGCGGCAAUAAUCAGCCCGUCGAGGCGGUGCCAUUUGCGCUCCCGGGGCGCGCUCGUCUGGGCAGCGACAUGAGCGACAGCACAAACACCACCAACACGACGGCCACGACUACAACCCCCGACAUCCUCUCACCGCAGUCAUCGCAGGUGAGCAGGCUGACGACAGGGGACGGCUGGGACGCGCAGAUUGCGCGGUACGAUAAGCUGAGUAAAGGGGACGUCGGAUACGGCGGCAACGCCUUUGCCCCGUCGUCGGGCCGCGGAAGCCCUGGCGGCACGGAGGGUUUGCUUUCGCAGCGGCUUCGGUCGCUCGGGGUACAGAGCCAGAGCCAGAGCCAGAGCCACGGCGAUAUGAUGCCUUUUGGUGGUCGAGACGGUCCGCAGCCGCCGCCGCCGCCGCCGAGGUAA